UUUUCCAACCACACAUUAGCAACAGGCAAAAUACAAGCACCAGAAUUGUCUGGUCUCUGGGAUUUUGCUAAGACACUAACUGGAUGCAACCUAGUUACGGUGCCAUUCUCCUUAGCGGACACAAACUUAGGACCUUCCCUUCCUGAGCUUUAGUUGAAUCCAGAACCAACUCUGAGACCACUGCACUAUCCUCAACCAACACAGGCUGAAAGGCACCUUCUGUCUGCUUCACAGACAAAGAAGAGUCGGAGCCGCAUUCUCCUUUUCCAAACACGCAGCUUGGGAUCUCAUUUCCCUUGUCCUGGCACGCAGGGCUGUUCGCAGACAACUGCUUGGAGACCGAGGUAGAUUCCUCCGUAGGCAAGUUAAAAUACCCCUGACGGACACAGGCACAUUUCCUUCACUGUCACAAUUCUCCCCACAGGAAACAAGUAAGGUGUAGGGGCCCUCAUUUUCCGCUAUCCUUGCCUUCCCAAACUGCUGACUAGAUAAAGCCAUCAGCUCACAAGGCUGUCUAGGCUCAUCCAAACUUUCUGUACCAGACACGUUUCCACUCCCAACAGAUAAACUGCUGCUCUAUUCACUACCCUGAGCUACUGUCUGCAAAUCAGAGUUACCCUUUUCAGGUUCACUUGUAUAAGCUGUACUAGCCACCAAUUCAUUACCCCUUAAAAAUCUACCCUUUCCUCCCUCAGCUGGGGCUUCCAUCUGUCCAUCCACUUUAAGCUGCUCCUGAGAAACAUUUUCCUGACCAAUGAGAUCUUUCUGUGCUUGAUCUAAUUCCAGAUUCACUUCUGAAACAUUAGGCAGGCAGACAUUCAGAAACUUCGUUCACAGCCAAACUACUACUUUCCAAAGACAAACCUUUGGAAAAACCUUCCAAAGACACAACUUUAGACACAACCUCUCCUGUGCCUGGUUUGUGUUAACUUGACUGAACAUAGCUCUAAUAUCAUUUCCAAUCAUAAGAUCUUUAGGGAUUGUGUUUUUUACUCCCACAACCAUGGUGCCCUCAAAUCCCUUCCAUUUCAGGUGGCUUUGAGCCAAAGACGCCCUGACAAAAUACUCAGCUGAGGCUACAACAGUUACACUUUCAUCUGGCCAAUAAUCUUCCUCCCUGACAAGACUUGCUUUAACCAAAGUAAUAUCGGCUGCGGUGUCCCUCCAUGCCAUACACCUUACUCCAUUCACUUCUGCACUGUCACUUACUGCAGGAUGCUCUGUCCACGGGGUGCAGUUUGAUCCCACCUCUGCACCAGCUGUCCCGGAGUCACCGGGCGAUGCUCUGGAACUACUCCCUACGAAGCCAGGCAGGACUCUGGUCUAGCAUGCCUCCUCUCUUUGAGCAUACUGUCUCCAGGGCAAGAAGCUUACAGAGCUUCGACCUUCCUGGGUCUUACCUCAGAGCAUUCAGCAGCCCCUUCCUCACCAUGCGCUUCCCGCAGCAAGUCUGCCCAGGCGGGGCUGCUGAGGAAGCCAGAGGGCCCUACACCCCAACUCUGCAGUCAGAGAACAAACUACACCCUGCCUGGGAUGGGCCCUUCAAGGUCAUCAAACAGCUGAAUGAGGUAAACUAUGUAGUGAAACUGUCUAACUAGGCUCACAGCCACUGGGUGUACCAUGUCAACGUGAUGAAGCCAUACUUUGACAGGGAGAAUUUGGUACUGGCCAUCUGUGGCCAGCGGGAGGAGCAGGAAGAUGACCCACUCGUGGAUCUAUUCCCUGAGACGGGGCUGGCCCUUUGCCGGAAUCAAUUCCCCUCUCAGAUCAGCUAACCCCUGCCCAGUAGGCUGAGAUCCGAGAGGCGCCGCUCUCCAACGAGCCUGGGCUCAGUAACCUGGCU